AUGACGGGGCCAUCUGCAGAGCAUGGCGACCCGCGCAGUGGGGGCCAAGGCCAGACGAGUGGUCUGAGUGCUGCUGCUGCGCAGCAGCAGGGCUGGCCGCAGCAGACGCCACAGCAGGGGCCAUGGCCGCCAAGACAGCAGCAACGGCAGCAACCUGCUUACUACCAUUCACAGCAGCAACAGCAGCAGCAGCAGCGCCAAGGACAAUGGCCCCCGCCGCCGCCUGCCCGUGAGCCGUGGCCGCCGCAGCAGCACCAGCGGCAUGACGGCAGCCCCGGCACACUCUCCAUGGCCGGGCUGGCGCUAGCCGUCUCACAGGCGGCCCCCCAGACCUAUCAGCAGCAGCCGCCACCCCCGCCCCCCCGCGGCCCCGCGGCCGGCCCCGCUCUCGGCACCAGCCCCGCCGCGGCCGCACGCCACGCGCCGCAGCGCGCCAACAGCGCCGGCGCCUCGCGGUCGGGCGGCGGGCGGACAUUCUUUCCGCCCUACUACGAUCAGUCGCAGCUGCAGCCACUCAUGAAGCGGGGCCAAGUGCUGCG